ACAUCCACAAGUACAUUGUAAAGAAUUACUUCUACUACUACCUGUUCAAAUUCUCGGCUGCUUUGGGUCAAGAAGUGUUCUUCAUCACCUUUCUCCCCUUCACUCUGUGGAACAUCGAUCCUUAUCUGUCCCGAAGGCUGAUCAUCAUAUGGGUUUUGGUGAUGUACAUUGGUCAGAUGACCAAGGAUAUCUUGAAGUGGCCCCGCCCCUUCUCCCCUCCUGUUGUGAUACUUGAAAAGAGAGUGGUUGCUGAGUAUGGGAUGCCAUCCACCCAUGCCAUGGGAGCCACUGCCAUCUCCUUCACCUUCCUGAUCUCCACCAUGGACAGAUACGAGUAUCCGUUUGCCUUGGGACUGACGAUGGCCGUGGUGUUCUCUACCCUGGUGUGUCUCAGCCGACUCUACACUGGAAUGCACACCGUCCUGGACGUGGUCGGUGGCGUCCUGAUCACGGCACUGUUCAUUGCCCUGACCUACCCUGCCUGGACCCUCAUUGACCACCUGGACUCGGCCAGCCCCCUCUUCCCCGUGUGCCUCAUAAUCGUGCUUUUCUUCUUGUGUUACAACUACCCCAUGUCUGAAUACUACAGCCCCACCAGAGCAGAUACCACCACCAUCCUCGCUGUCGGGGCCGGAGUGACCACAGGCUGCUGGAUCAACCAUUUCUUCCAGCUGGUGUCCAAGCCCCCUACCCCACUGCCCAUCAUUCAGAACAUCCCUCUGCUCACCGUGGACGCGCUCACGUUGGGUCUAGUCAAAUUUACCGUGGGGAUUGUGGUGACCCUUUUCGUCCGCCAACUUGUCCAAAACCUCUCGCUGCAAGUCUUAUACUCGUGGUUCCGGGUAGUCAUCAGGAACAAGGAGGCCAGGCGGAGACUGGAGAUCGAAGUGCCUUACAAGUUUGUUACCUACACGUCUGUUGCCAUCUGUGCCACCACGUUCGUGCCGAUGCUGCACAGGUUUCUGGGGCUACUGUGAGCCUCAGGGAGCUGGGAAGGAGCCCACAUGACAUGAGAGCCAAGGCCCAGGAACCGGGCUGGGUGGGCAAGUCUUGACGAUGCAUUUUUUUUUAAAUCGUAAACCUGCGUGUCUGAUGCUGAUAUCUGAGAUACAUGAUACUGCUGUAUCCAAGGAACCAAAACCACAUGGAGGGACCACUAGUCUGUAAGAGUUGCGAUUCCAUUGGACCCGAGCAAACGCCACAGUCAAGUUCUUUAGCAUCCCCGAAGGUGCCUGUUACACGUGUGUUGGAUCUAGUCAAAGGCUGGCAGGAGUUGGGGUACAAUUUAGGGUGAGCCACAGGCCCUGGCCCACAGAGACAGAUGUGACAUGAAGGCUGGUGGGAGAGCAGCCCAACAUGUUGUAAAGACUGGAACUUUGGUCCAGCAGAAUGGGCGGCAUCCCGGAAAACUGCACUCCCCACGCACGGUGACUCAAUUGUGAUCAAAUCAGACCAUGCCUGGCAGGUGGCAAGGCCACUCUGCCGCCCGAGGCAGGGCGGUGAGCCCACGGGAAGACCCUUCUCUGUGACAGGUCCUUGCUGCUGUUAGGCAUUCCCGCUGAUGUUGGCAUCUGCUUGGCCUCCUCUGUGUGUUCUGUGGGAUUCCGGGCACCAUCACCAUCCUUGUCUCAUUCAGGAAACCAACUGCCUGCUCCCACCUCCUCAGGCAAGUGGGGCCUAGCCUCCAUCAACAGUGAGCAACCACAGGGGUACAUCUGGGGUUCACUGGAUGCCUGGCUCUCUCCUGCCCCAGCCAGACGUGGGGCCAGCCCUAAGUCAGCUUCCUUUGCCACUUCUCAGCUGCCAUCAAAGAACAAUGGCGUAAAUCCUUCCUGGGGCCGGGCAGAAAUAGGGCAUGCCUCCCUGAUAAGGACCUUGACGUGCUCGCCCUGACAUUGACUUAGACCCAGACAAAAUCACCCCGACGUUGCUCUUUCAUUGUUUAAUUCCUUCCCGCCAAUCUGUUUCUCAUCAGCAAUCGGGGCUGCCUCCCAUACCGGAAGACUUAGAGAUCGUUAAUUCAGCCUCUCUGGAAAACAAGUCACCCGUUAGACACAGUGAUCCCACUAGAGUGAGUGCUCUGCGGGUACCAGACGGGUCCUCCCACCCUCUCCCCCGGCUUCUCCCCUCAGUCCUUAAAAACAAGAAGCAGGUAUCAUUCGUUUUUUGCUUAAACACUAGUUUAAACACCGUUAGCAAGGCCUCUUUCAAGAUACAGCUUCUCAACCACAGAAGCUGUGUUUUGUAACCAUCCGCACCCUCCUGUGCACACCUGGGGAGACGUGAGCCCUUCCCUCCCCCUCCAGUGUGUUCAAGCUGAGAGCUGCCCUCUCCUGACUGUUGAUGGGGGCUGGGGUGGGAGGGGGUUCAAAAAGUGCAUGAGGAAGUCUGCUUACCUUGCAAUUCCCUUUCCCCACAAACUUUCUGAAGGCCCCUGUAUGCAGCCUUAUCAUUGGGGUAAUCUUGGCCUUUGACAUCUCCCUGAGAAGAAUCAUUUUGAGCAAAAGAGGCAUCACCCCCUUAGGACCCUUUUCAUCGUGAUAGCAGGAUAGCAGGAAGGCUGGGACCCGCGUGACCUACCACUGGGCUGUUUUUAGGCUGUUUUAUAUCAAAUUCUGGCCGAGAUCUGUAGCAUGAUGGUGGAGGAGGAAGACCCCCUGCUGUCAGGCAAGCCCUUCCUAGAGCUGCUCCUCUUGGGUGAUGAUUUCAAUCUCUGUUACCCCACCUGCCAAACCAGAGAGCAGGACACUGGGCAAUAUUUAUACAAAAUGAUCGCAGUUGAUUUGACCGAAGCCCACUGAAAAAUGCAGCGGCAUCCCCCGCGGUACCUUUUGAGAAGACGAACUGGCGUGACCCCCGUCGAAGAGGUUGCUGAUGCGCACGGAUCCUUCCUGCGGCCCUUGUUUUGGUUCUAAGCCCCAGCAAUGUCUCUGUGUGUGCGACUCUCGACCCUGAGACUGGCAGUGUGAGCAAUAGCACAAUAAAGAGUGAUCCAAA